UCGGGGUAUCACUUCCGUGUAUCUUCCCUAGUAACCCCACAUGGAAACCGACUUCCCUGUGUUCUUUGAACAAGUGACACCACCAUGAAGAUCGAGGAGGUGAAGAGCACCACGAAGACCCAGCGGAUCGCCUCCCACAGUCAUGUCAAAGGACUCGGUUUGGACGAGGCCGGAAACGCUAAACCGACCGCGUGUGGUCUGGUCGGCCAGGAAGCUGCCAGAGAGGCUUGUGGCAUCAUUGUUGACCUCAUUCGCUCAAAAAAGAUGGCAGGACGGGCAGUGUUACUGGCGGGCCCACCUGGUACAGGAAAGACUGCUCUGGCCCUGGCUAUAGCGCAGGACCUGGGAAACAAGGUUCCCUUCUGUCCUAUGGUCGGCAGUGAGGUCUACUCAUUUGAAAUUAAGAAAACAGAAGUACUGAUGGAAAACUUCAGGAGGGCCAUUGGACUGCGUAUCAAAGAGACCAAGGAGGUAUAUGAGGGGGAGGUGACGGAGCUGAGCCCCUGUGAGACUGAGAAUCCCAUGGGCGGCUACGGGAAAACCAUCAGCCACGUCAUCAUCGGUCUGAAGACGGGCAAAGGCACAAAGCAGCUCAAGCUGGAUCCUAGUAUUUAUGAGAGUCUACAGAAAGAGCGUGUGGAAGUGGGAGACGUCAUCUACAUUGAAUCAAACAGUGGAGCUGUCAAGAGACAAGGUCGUUGUGACACAUUUGCGACAGAGUUUGAUCUGGAGGCAGAGGAGUACGUGCCGCUGCCCAAAGGUGACGUCCACAAAAAGAAGGAGAUCGUCCAAGACGUGACUCUGCACGACCUGGACAUCGCAAAUGCCAGACCCCAGGGAGGACAGGACAUUCUCUCCAUGAUGGGACAACUGAUGAAGCCAAAAAAGACAGAAAUCACAGAUAAGCUGCGUACUGAGAUCAACAAGGUGGUGAAUCGCUACAUUGACCAGGGCGUAGCUGAGCUCGUACCCGGUGUGCUGUUCGUGGACGAGGUUCACAUGCUGGACAUCGAAUGCUUCACCUACCUCCAUAAAGCGCUCGAGAGCACCAUCGCGCCCAUAGUUGUGUUUGCCUCGAACAGGGGAAACUGUUUAAUCAGAGGGACAGAGGACAUCAGCUCUCCACAUGGGAUCCCUCUGGACUUACUGGACAGAGUCAUGAUAAUCCGCACCAUGCUGUACACACCACAGGAGUUGAAGCAGAUCGUCAAGAUCCGUGCGCAGACUGAGGGCAUCACCAUUAGUGAGGAAGCACUUUCACACCUGGCAGAGAUCGGCACAAAGACCACGCUCAGGUACGCUGUGCAGCUGCUGACACCAGCCAGUCUGCUGGGCCGUGUUCAGGGGAAAGAGAGUGUGGAGAGGGAGCAGGUGGAGGAGAUCAACGAGCUGUUCUACGACGCCAAGUCCUCCGCCAAAAUCCUCCAAGACCAACAUCACAAGUUUAUGAAAUAAAACUGGAUUUCUUCUUCUUUUUGUCCUCCUUCAACACAGAGCUGUUUCUAUCAUGGUUCACUUUAUUAUUUGUUUUCCCAUCGAUCUCCACGUUUCAUUAACUGUAACAUUAGUUCUGUUCUAAUACAAUUUAUCCAUUGUUUGUUGAUGGAAACAUUUUUUGAAUAAAAAGUAAAAACACA